UUAAAGAGCAAUUAUUCCUUAUUCUCUUUCGUUUUCCCAAAACAUUGAUGAAUGCUUAUUUCAUAUUUUAACGAUCUGUUUUAUAAUGAUUGUUGCCAUUUAUAUAAAUGCUAAAACGACCAACAUGACCUCAGAACAAAGUUCAACUUAAUUCUCUCAAAUUGCUUUAUGAAUCUCACUCUCUUAACUAACUCAAUUCUUUGGGGCCAACCAAACCCUAAAUGUCCAUUUCCUUUGUUAUAUGUCACUUAAUUUAUCAGCUUUGAUCUGAUCGGUCUGAUGUGAUUGGUUGUGUAAGCAUUGGGUUUGAUUCAGAAUUGGGAAUUUGGAUUGAGAUAUUUGAGCACCUCCUGUUGCACCAUAAUUGGGGUUUUGAUGAAUCCAUUGGCAUUCCUGCGUUAUUGGGGAAGGAGUGUGAGCUAUUGUUUCAAUGCGUUAAGGGAUGGUGAGGGUUUCAUAGAAUCCUGUGUUAUGUUAUGAUAGGUUGUGGUUUUUCUCUUCGCUUGCUGCUCUUGAAAUUCUGGGUUGGUGGCAUUUGGUGUGGAUUUUGAAUCUGUUUGUCAAAGGAAGGUAAAGGAUUUGGACAUGAGAAGCUCGUGGUUCAAUAAGUUAUCCAUCAUUAUUGGCCAUAGAUCCCCGGUGAACUGGUUACUCUUGUGCCUAAUCAGCCUGCUUCUGCUGAUUUUUGUUCUAGGUUCAUCUUCUUCUAAUGUUGUUGAUUUGGCACCUCAUAUUCCGGUGUCUCUUUUAUACACAAAUUAUAGGAAGGUUAAGGAGCAAGCGGCGGUUGAUUAUUUAGAGUUAAGGUCUGUGGCAAGGGGUAACUCCAGACAAAGAGAAUUUGACCUCUGUGGCAAGGAAAGAGAGAAUUUUGUGCCUUGUUACAAUGUUUCAGCCAACUUGGGAGCAGGUUUUAAAGAAGGAGAAGAGUUUGAUAGGCAUUGUGAACUGUUAGUUGAAGCAGAAAGGUGUUUGGUUCGUCCUCCUACGGAAUAUAAAAUUCCCUUCCAGUGGCCAACUAGCAGGGAUGUUAUAUGGAGUGGAAAUGUGAAGAUAAGCAGAAACCAGUUUCUUUCAUCUGGAAGUAUGACCAAAAGGUUAAUGCUUCUAGAAGAGAACCAAAUUGCUUUCCGCUCGGAGGAUGACGGUGUGAAAGAUCACUCUCGCCAAAUUGCAGAGAUGAUUGGCUUGGGAAGUGACAAUGAGUUUCCUCAAGCUGGUGUUCGCACUAUACUAGACAUUAAUUGUGGAUUUGGUAGCUUUGCAGCUCAUUUGGCAUCACUGAAUAUAAUGACAGUUUGCGUUGCUGCAUAUGAGGCAACAGGUAGCCAGGUUCAGCUGGUUCUUGAGAGGGGCCUUCCUGCUGUGAUUGGCAACUUCGUUGCAAGAGAACUUCCAUUUCCUUCAUUAUCAUAUGGCAUAGUUCACUGUGCUCAAUGUGGCAUCAUUUGGGAUGGAAAAGUUGGAAUUUUCCUCAUGGAAGUUGACCGUGUUCUUAAACCUGGAGGAUACUUUGUGUUAACCUCGACCCCAAGCAUGUCAGAGGGAAGUUCAUCAAAAAUGAAAAGGAGGAAUAUGUUGAAUCCAAUGAAAGAACUGGCCCAGCAACUCUGUUGGACUCUUCUAUCUCAGCACGAUGAGCUAUUCAUCUGGCAGAAAACUGAUGACGUUAAUUGCUAUGCAUCUAGAAAGAAGCAUGCUAUACCAUUAUGCAAAGAAUAUGAUGAUGUUCAGUCAUAUUAUCGGCCUCUUCAACCAUGCAUACGUGGGACCUCUAGCAAGCGCUGGAUUGCAAUACAGAACAGAUCCGUUGGAUCUGAUUUGAGUUCAGAGGAGCUUAAAAUUAAUGGAGUUCAAUCUGAAGAUUAUUUUGAAGACUUAGAAUUCUGGAGAUCAACUCUCAAGAACUAUUGGUCUUUGCUUACACCACUAAUUUUCUCUGAUCAUCCAAAGAGGCCGGGAGAUGAAGAUCCAUUACCUCCAUUUAACAUGAUUCGUAAUGUAAUGGAUAUGAGUACUAAAUAUGGGGGGUUGAACACUGCCCUUCUGGAAGAGAAAAAAUCAGUUUGGGUCAUGAAUGUUGUUCCUGCUACAGUUUCUAAUUCACUUCCUCUAAUACUGGAUAAAGGUUUUGUUGGUGUUGUGCAUGACUGGUGUGAACCUUUCCCAACGUACCCCCGGACGUAUGAUAUGCUUCACGCAAGUGGACUUCUUUCUCAUCUCAUUUCACUGAGAUGCAGCAUGGUGAACCUAUUCUUGGAGAUGGACAGAAUACUGCGUCCAGAGGGAUGGGUCAUUCUUUCUGAUAACAUGCAAAUUAUUGAGAUGGCUCGCACACUCGCUGCACAAGUACGUUGGGAAGCAAGGGUAAUUAACCUUCAGAACGGAAGUGACCAGCGGCUUCUUGUUUGCCAGAAACCAUUCCUGAAAAAAUGAUUGGAUUUGCCAAAUUAUGUCUCACCCUGGUGGAUGAACUCGAUGUUUUGCUCUGGGAGUGAAGUGUUCUGUAGUGCAUGUUGUAUAUACUGCUUGGAGCCCUGACGUUUUUCUAAAUUUUUGUGCAAUUGGGUCGGGGAAUUGUGGAAGCACUAGAUUGUCAAGGUUCAAGUUGAAGUUAACUCUCCAAUUCAUUUUUUUUGUCAAAUGUGUUUGCAUUAAUUCAUUCAUUUAUAUCUUGUUAGCAUUUUUUUACUUAAUGAUUUUUUUUUUUUUUAUCAUUGGACGUGAAUGCCUUCUUGUUAAACAAUCGCAACGAUUUUUGUAAGAAUAAGAAUGGCCAGGAAGUUUAAAAUUAA